AGAAGAGCCAGUGCGAGGCCGUCGGCGGGCGCGUCCGGGUCGUGUCCAGAGGGGCGCUCGUUGUCCAGGUCGGAGGCGCGUCGUCACGGACACCUCCGUCGGACGAGCAUUCGCGUUCGGUCGUCAACGGUGCUCAACGUCCACAUCGGCGUCGAUCCGAACCCCGCAGUCCGCGCCUGCGCUGCUCGGGCGACGGACGAUCUGCAACUGAAAACGGGGGAAGUGACGCCACGCGAACGAAAGUUUGUCUGCGACAAAAAACAUUUUUUUUUUUCUGCGCGCAGAUUGUAACGACGGCGUUCGCGACAGGCGUUCGCGUUCGCGUUCGCUCGAACGCAGUAACUGCGAGAUCGGACUUGUCGCGACCAAUCCCGACUGCGUGGCUGCGGGAAAAAAAAGUGAAUUCUCCCGCGCAUGCGUCUGUAAUAACUUUUUAAAUUCGAAUCUGAGAAAACUUCUACGAAUUGGUUAAAUUCGAAAAAAAUACUGUUGAAACGCCCUGUCGGUGUAUUGAUUUAGAAUCAUCAUCGACGGAUUUUGAGUCCUGUAGCACUUGUUUUUUUUUUCAUGACGACUGUUUAUUUUUGGUGAUAAAUAGGUUAGCGUAUUUCCAAGCUUAACACUUAAACCAACGGACCGGCCGGCACCACGAGACUUGAAGCGGGGACUUGCCGUGCCGAAUAUUGUUGCUACGCCAAAACAGUUUUGUGGGGGGCCUACAUAGAUCUUUGUUGUUACGUAGCCGGAGGUCUCGGGCGGAGACUCUCCCACGCAGCACGUCGCGGACCGAGGAUCCGCGCGGCUCCGGAGACGGGAUGCUGUGAGAGCGGCGCGGGAUGGAGCGCGAGCUCGUGCCGGCGGGCCGCAGCAGGUACCGCGCGCUCUCCGACCGAGACGAGACCUCCCAGGCCGAGGAAGGCGAAGACGGCCGGGCGAAGACUGCACGUAGUUGGGUGGAGGCGAACUUCCAGAAGCGGGAGUGCAUCAAGUUCAUACCCAGCCCCAGAGAUGAGUCCAGGUGCUGCUGCGGCCUGUCCUACACAUUCCACACCGCGGCGGGGCUCGGCGCCGACACCAACUACAACGCCGUGGAGCAGUGGGUGCCGUCCAAGCACACCAAGGCGACGCCCACGGACGCCUACGGCACCAUCGAGUUCCAGGGUGGGCCGCACCCCAGCAAGGCUCAGUACGUGCGGCUGUCGUUCGACUCGCGGCCCGAGCUCAUCGUGCAGCUGUUCACGCGCGAGUGGAGCCUGGAGCUGCCCAAGCUGCUCAUCACGGUGCAGGGCGGCAAGGCCAACUUCGAGCUGCAGCCCAAGCUGAAGAAGGUGCUGCGCAAGGGCCUGCUCAAGGCCGCCAAGACCACCGGCGCGUGGAUCUUCACCGGCGGCACCAACACAGGCGUGACGCGACAGGUCGGCGACGCCCUUCUGCUGGAGAGGUCGCAGCGGAGCAACAGGGUCGUGAGCAUCGGCAUAGCGCCGUGGGGCAUCGUCGAGAACAACAACGAGCUGAUCGGCCUGAACCGCGAUGUCCCGUAUCAUUCCAUAUCUUCUCCGAGGUCUAAAUUUGCUGCGUUAAACAAUCGCCAUGCGUACUUCCUACUAGUGGAUAACGGCACUGUAGGAAGAUAUGGUGCGGAAAUCAUUCUCAGGAGAAAACUAGAAAAAUACAUAUCCAUUCAAAAACUUCAUCCAGGCACCCACUGCAGCACGCCGGUGGUGUGCCUGGUGAUAGAGGGCGGCACGCACACCAUCCGCGCGGUGCUCGAGUACGUGACAGACACGCCUCCGGUGCCCGUGGUCGUGUGCGAUGGCUCCGGCCGCGCCGCCGAUCUCAUCGCGUUCACGCACAAACACUCAUCCGAGAACGGGGAACAGACUGUUUUAGAAGAAAUGAAAGAUUAUCUGAUAGGAACCAUUCAAAGGACAUUCGAAGUGGGCACGGAGCAGGCAGAAUGCUUGUAUUCUGAACUACUGCAGUGCACAAGGAAGAAGAAUCUGAUCACGGUGUUCCGCAUCACGGAGCGGCCGGAGGGCAUCACCCAGGAGCUGGACCAGACGAUCCUGACGGCGCUCUUCAAGAGCCAGCACCUGUCGCCGUCCGAGCAGCUGAGCCUCGCCCUCACGUGGAACCGCGUUGACAUCGCCCGAUCCGAGAUCUUCGUCUACGGCCAGGAGUGGCCCCCAGGGGCGCUGGACGAGGCCAUGAUGCAGGCUCUGGAGCACGACCGCACCGACUUCGUCAAGCUGCUGCUGGAGAACGGGGUCAGCAUGAAGAAGUUCCUCUCCAUCCCGCGCCUCGAGGAGCUAUACAACACGAAACAAGGCCCUUCCAAUACUCUAGGAUACAUCUUACGAGAUGUCCGCCCUCACAUUCCUCGCGGCUACAUCUACACGUUGCAUGACAUUGGCCUGGUCAUCAACAAGCUCAUGGGAGGAGCGUACAGGGCGUCGUACACGCGGCGGAAGUUCAGACUGAUUUACGCGAAAGUGAUGAAGAAAUCCCCGCACGUGCACCGAAACAGCGCCUCCUUCAUCCGGUACUACGGCAACACGAAUCUCACGCUGAGCCUGUUGGCGGAAACCAUGCCGACCCUGAGAGAGACCAGCCUUUUCGACUACCCCUUCAAUGAGCUGCUGACGUGGGCGGUGCUGACCAAGCGGCAGGAGAUGGCACUGCUCAUGUGGCAGCACGGGGAGGAGGCGCUGGCCAAGGCACUCGUCGCCUGCAAGCUGUACAAGGCGAUGGCCAACGAGGCGGCCGAGGACGACCUGGAGACCGAGAUCUACGAGGAGCUCAGGAACUACGGCAAGGAGUUCGAGAACAUAGCGCUGGAGCUCCUGGACUACUCGUACCGGCAGGACGACGACCAGACGCAGCAGCUGCUGACCUGCGAGCUGCAGAACUGGAGCGGCCAGACAUGCCUGAGCCUGGCCGUGACUGCCAACCACCGCGCCCUGCUCGCACACCCCUGCAGCCAGAUCAUCCUGGCCGACCUGUGGAUGGGCGGCCUGCGCACCCGCAAGAACACCAACAUCAAGGUGAUCCUCGGUCUGCUGUGCCCGCUCUACAUCCUCAAGCUGGAGUUCAAGUCCAAGGAGGAGCUGCAGCUGAUGCCGCAGACGGCGGAGGAGCACCAGAUCUGCCUGGAGGAGGAGAACGAGAGCCUGGACGACCGCCCGGCCGACCAGCGCAACACCGAGCCGGACGCCGAGAAGAAGGGCCGAAAGUUUAGCGUGAGGAGCCGUUCGUCCAGUCAGCAGGGCAUCAAGGCACUUCUCACUCACGACAACUUUGUCAUGCGCGACACAGUUGUCCACGAAAAUGGCAAAGUGGUGACGGAAGAUGACAGCAACAGCCAGAUAUUCCACGUGCCCCUGGACUACUACGAGGUGAAAGCCAACAGGCCGCUGAGACUCAAGAAGAAGCUGUACGAGUUUUACACUGCUCCCAUAACCAAGUUCUGGGGACACUCUAUUGCGUAUGUCAUAUUCCUAAUGCUCUUCAGCUAUGUGGUGUUAGUGAAGAUGGAGGCAACACCAUCUUGGCAGGAAUUUUAUGUUAUUUCCUACAUAAUUACACUAGCCUGCGAAAAAAUAAGAGAAAUUGUUUCAUCGGAACCGGUUGCCAUUGGGCACAAGUUCUCAGUAUGGGUGUGGAACAUGUGGAACCCAUGUGAUGCCUCUGCCAUAAUCUUUUUCCUGGUGGGCCUGGGCUUGCGCCUGAGGCCGUCGACCAUGCAGGUCGGCCGGAUAAUAUAUUGCGUGGACAGCAUUUACUGGUACCUGCGCAUCCUCAACAUCCUGGGCGUGAACAAGUACCUCGGACCGCUCGUCACCAUGAUGGGCAAGAUGGUCAAAAACAUGAUCUACUUCGUCGUCCUGCUGCUGGUGGUGCUGAUGAGCUUCGGGGUGUGCCGGCAGUCGAUACUGUUUCCUGACAGCGAGCCCAGUUGGCGGCUGGUGCGAGAAGUGUUCUUCCAGCCGUACUUCAUGCUGUACGGAGAGGUGUUCGCCACGGACAUAGAUCCUCCGUGCGGGGAGGCCGACGGCAUGGUCAAGUGCCAGCCCGGACGCUGGAUCACCCCGACCGUCAUGUCCAUAUACCUCCUCGUGGCCAACAUACUGCUCAUAAACUUGCUGAUAGCAGUGUUCAACAACAUCUUCAACGAGGUGAACGCGGUGUCCCACCAGGUUUGGAUGUUCCAGCGCUUCACUGUGGUCAUGGAGUAUGAGCAAAAGCCGGUUCUGCCUCCCCCCCUGAUCGUACUGGACCACCUGUACCUGCUUGUCAAGUUCUGUCGGCGUAAAGUUAACGGAGAGCAAGAGAUAUUCGACAACGCGCUCAAGUUGUUCCUUGAUAGCGAUGACCUAGAAAGACUGUACGAUUUUGAGGAGGAGUGUGUCGAAGGUUACUUCCGCGAGCAGGAGAUGAAACUGCAUAUGUCUAGUGAUGAGCGCAUCAAGAGCACUUCAGAGAGAGUGGAAAACAUGGUGCAGAAAGUAGAGGACAUCAACAUCAAAGAAAAUUCUCAGUCAUCUUCUAUACAAAGCGUUGAAUUUCGCUUGCGAAAUCUUGAAGAACUGUCACAGCAAACUGUACAACAUUUGGCAGUAAUUCAUAGAUUCAUGGCAACACAUGUCAAAGAUCCACUUUCUGCAGACAUCCUGGAUGUGAAAAUGGCGGCAGAAAGACUGAGACGGUGCAGUGACAGGUCUGAAGAUACAAAGGUAGCUUCUGAAGUUUCUGAUCCUAGUGACAAGCUGUUACUUCCACCAGGUUUCAACAAAGAUAACUUGGCUAGAAGAAGGCCUACGAGGUCACUCACUGAAGUUAGGCCUGAUCCAUUUAUCUUUGGUGAAACUUUCCAUUUGCGAAUGGAAGAGAGAGCUAGAUCACCAGAUAAGGCUAGGAGUAAAACAAGCCAUCUUUUAGAAGAGGAAGAAGAAGAGGAAGAACGAGAAAGUGUGGAUGAAACAAAGAGUCCAUUGUCUCGAAGAGGCAGUAAAAAGAUUUCUGCACAGGUGUCAAGGCAGAAAAGUUUUUAUAAGAAUUCUGUAGGAGAGCACUCAAAUAGUCCACCAGGUUCCAAAGGAAAGAGUGCGGAUGUUGUGGAAGAUGAUGAUGAAAGUCCCGAGGUUGAUGAGCUCAUGGAUCGUUUCCAAAACGAUUCGGUUCAAUUCCGAUCUCUCAGAAGAGAAAGCGAAAUAUAUCGCAAGCCAAGUUUUGACCUGGGUGAUGGUGAUGGCUCGGAGAUAGGAAGCAUCUCUCAUCGCACUCCCAUGUUAACCACAAGACAGCUGAGCAAGACACAUUCCGAACCCGAAAACGCAACAUGCAAUAAUUCAUUAGAUGGUAGUGAUUUUCCGCGUGCAGCACUGGUCGAGCGUAGUGUCACUUGGGCGGAACCUCGGAUAACGGUGAUCCCGCCUGCUUCCAAGUCCCGGUCAUCUCGGCUGAUGACCAUGCACACGGAAUACACGAGCAUCACGGACGAACUGGAGACGGUGUGCGGACUGCUGAGCCCGCCGUGCACGCCACACUUGCUGUCUCCUCCACGGCCAGGGGAAGCCGUGCCACAGCGCAUGCGUCACACGUCCGAGAUGUCCAACCCAGAGAUGGCUCUUUACAUCGAGAAAGAGCACCUGCGAGAUGCGGAGGAGAGCGAUUAUCAAAUGAUGGAGCGGCUCAUCAUGCGGCGGGAGACUCGUGACGACGAGACUCCGGAGAAUCCUUGUUUCUUGACUGUUGCAAACGAGGUGCGUGAAUAUCGCACCCCUCAGCCCUACCGAUCUUUGCGCCGAAGCAGUGCCAUCGAAGUCAAAGACUUUCCGACUCCGAUGGCAUCGCAUAUGCCCUCUAUUCCUGGAGACGAAUCAGCCGUCGAUGUUGACCAGCCACUGGAAGAGUUAAGGCCGAGUGAAUCUGACAGUACGGCUUGCCUCGUUCCUACUUCGGAGACUAUGUGUUAAUGUAGAUAAUUAUUAGGCAUAUCAUAAAUCAACUCCUCAUGAACCAGAGGCAGUGCUGAAAUGUGGUGCAUAUCAAUUACAAUAUUACAUAUUUUAGCAAAAUAUUUUUUGGAUUAUGCACACUUAAAAUUGAUCUCGUACUGUUGUGGACUCGAAGUGAACACUUGUUUUGAUAUGGAAUGAUGAUGAUAAGAUGAUAAAAGUGUUAGAACUGUUAUUCAGUAAAGUGUAUGAGAACUUUUUCACCACGGGCUGGCCUGUGUAUAUCAAGAUUAUUGAAGACAUAGACAUAUAGCAAUUUAUUCUUACUAGCAACUUAUUUGAUAAUUAAAACUAUUGAGAUAUGUUUAAAAUCAUUGUAACAAUUUCUGUUUUUAAUGUGGUCAUUCACACACUAUUUUAUGUUAUUGAUAUGUGUUUUCAUACCACAUAAAUAACAUUUAUACAUGUUAAUAAGCUUCAUUAUGAAAGCAAUACAUAAAAGACAGACUGCAGUAGUUGUUAAAAAAAUUGAAAGAAAUCUUUAGCAAUAGUAUUAAGAAUCAAUUAUUAUGUGAGAAUGAACGUACAUAAAAUGUUUAUGUGAUAAACACAAUCAUUUAAUGGGUGCAUAGUCUGAUUAUUGUACUUAGUGGUACACUGCAUGCAGUAUUUCCCCAAUAUUUUAUUCUGUGUAAUAAGUUUAUUUUUUUAAAUAAACAUUUUUUUUAAAGAAACGAGUGCUUGAGUAUGAAGAACAUGUGUGUUAUCUGAAAUUUUUUGUAAAACUGUGCUAUUGACUUGAAUGUGUAAUUUAAAACGUCAAUAUAUACUUUUUAAAUGAUUCUUAAAAGGUGCUAAAAAAAUUUCUUAAAAAUGUG